GUACACAUACCUUAGUGGAGGCUCUUACACGUGUCAUCUGCUCAGGCUUUACAGUGGCUCGGUCGAGGAUUAGAAUUGCGUUUUCAGUUGUUGACAGUUGAAUUUGAGAAGGAGAACAAGCAAAAGCAAAUGCUAGCAACACGAUUCCACUGUUAGAGGUUACUGAAUUCUUUUGUGCAGAGGCAACGCUCGUGAGUUUUCUGACACCAGCUGAGUGGACUUGACGAUACAUUGAAACGACUUCAAUACACCGACCGCGGCAUCUGCUGGGGCAUCGGGAAACGGUAUGUUGUAUGUUGAAAUGUUGUUGUGCUUUUGUUUAGGAAACUGCUGUGUUUAUUUUCAAUGUGUUUUGUUUAAGAUUAAAAUGUUAAGGCCAAAAAUUUUCACUUCCUCAUGACAAGUUCUUACUUUGCUUUUUAGGUUUAACAUAUAUAAAUAUAUAAAAUGCUAGAUGGAGCACGCCCAAAAUUGGCAACAGCAAUGCGUUAACUUUCCAUUUACUAAAGUUACUUGACAGAAACCUGAACUAAAAAUGCCAAUUUUGCUACACCCCUUCCCCCCCCCCCCAUUUUUUUCAUAAUACGUCACUGCACACUUUUUAUUUCAGCCCAUGAACUAUAUUAAUAUUCUCAUGUCCCAACCACUUUUAAACCGAACAUUUUUGACACAAUACUUAAAUUGAGACGAUUUCAUUUCCGAAAAGGAAAUAUUACGCACCAAACACAAUUGUGUUAUUAAAAAUAUAUAUAUAUAAUUUAGCAUAGUUAUCGGGAAUUAUAUUUUGCGCGCUAGUGAACUCCUUUAACCAUACUCUGACGUUUCUAUAUAUAGCCUGCGUGGUGGUGUUUGACCUUUGCUGGCGAAUUAUAUAUAUACAGAUAGAUAGAUAAGAUAUAGCCCGCCAAACAUUGUCGAGAUCAAUGUGUGAACUUCCCAUCUACUAUGUUACUUGAAAAAAACAUGAACUCAAGUUACGCACCUUUAAGAAUACAAACUUUUGCUACACCCCUUCCCCCAUGAUACGUCACUGCGCACUUUUUAUUUCACUUCCAUGCACUAUAUACAAAAUUCUAAUGUCCGAACCACUUUUAAAGCGACUAUUUUUUACAUUAUACUUAAAUUGACUUGAUUUCAUUUUCCGAAAAGAAAAUAUUACGCGCCAAACGCAGUUGCGUUACAAAAAUAAAUAUAAUAUAUAUAAUUUUGCGUAUUUAUAAGAAUGAUAUUUUGCGUGUUAUUGAACUUACUAUUGAACCAUAAUUUUAAAAAAAAAAUUAGAAUUAUGCCUAAUAUAAUCUCAAUACAAAAUUCGCUGAUUAGGAAGCAGUCCAUUAGAAAGUAUUCCACGAGUCAUACUAGAACCGAAAUAUAUAUAAGAUAUAUAUAUAAUAUAUAUAUAUAUAUAUAUACAUAUAUAUAUAUAAUGGCAAACAUUUAAUGGUAAUAGAUAAUAUCAUCGGUUAUUUAUGAAUUAAGACAUAAUUUAUACCUUAUUUAUGGCCAAAUAUUUAAAAACAAAAACAUAGUACGUCGCAGACCAUUCUCUUGUGUAAUGGCGACAACGUCCACCUGUCACCAAGCUCAAAAGUUUGGGACUACUACUCUUAGAAAUGUCACUUGACAUUUAGAGGUAAGCGUAGUGUCUCAUACCUAACAUGUGUCAUUAUUUGCACCAAACGUGUUGCACGAGAACACACCUAUUACAAACACAUUAUCUGGGUCAAGGUACUUGUCCAGCAAGCCCCCUGUAAAAGGUUAUGUUUUUCAUCUGCUGUUGAGAGAUACACGCCAGCUUUGAAAGUUGAUGUGAUUGUAAAUGUGUGUGGAUACGGAUGAAUUCGUCUUAUCGUGUAAGUUCAUUGUCUGUUGGUAUUUUAAUCAGUAACACGAGGUCACGACUACAGAUGAUUAAAAAAUAGAAUGAUGUGGGAUAUGGUUUUACUGUGGAUGUAUUGAACUUAUGAAGUUUUCUUCACAUUUAAAAAGAAUAAUAGAGGAAUUUAAAAAUGUGUUCCUCCUUAUCUGUGAAGUUGUCCAACUAACAUGGCGAACUGCGCCUGGGGUGGAAGGGGUCCUUCAUUCGUGUCCGGGGUAUACACCCGCCUAGGGCGUCAUAAUCUCCACACGGAUAAUGUGGACAUUUCUCGGAAGCCAAGAUGUUAGGGGCCAGGUGUUGGGAAACAUGAUAACAGCUGCCGCUAGAGGAUCGUAGGUAACACUGGGGGAUUAUCGAUGACGAAAGAGCAUCCCCAUCAAGGUUGGGUCUCCUGGGCAGCCGUUUUGUCUCCGACACCUAUUGGUACUUGUGAUUAUGGUGUGCAAGUAAAUAUAAUAUAAAAUAUAAAUAUAAUAACUUACAAACACAGCAGGAUGCAUCAAGACAUUUUUUUUUUUUACCAUGAUGUAGAAAUGGCAAGCGAAGAUCCAACAAAGCUAAAGGAAAACUGGGAAAUCGUUUCUUACUAUUAUGAACUUCUUUUGGAGAUACUGCAACAGGUCUACACAAGGUACAGGGAUACCAAAGGUGAUUGUCAUUAAAUUGAAUUAAAUUGCAUUUAAACAAUUGUCUGCUUUAUUGUUUCCCUUAUUGAUUGUUUCAAAUAAUAACAGCAUGCGAACAAGUUGUUUGUUUUUUUUAUAAUAUUUUUUUAUAGCAUCCCCAAAACUAAAAUUAAUGUGUGUAUUUUCAAAGAGACAGUUGUAAUAUCCCAAAAGUAAGACAACAAUCAUAAUUCUAUUUUACAUUUUGCGUGUUCAUCAAAUUAUUGUUUUUCCAUGCACAUGCUCUAUAAGAAACAGAAAUGUUAUCCUAAUUCGCCCAUUGGUAUUUUGAAGAAAUAUUUUACCCUAUUAAUUUAAAUCUAUCCUUUAAACAUUUAAAUUUUCAAAAAAAUAUAAAUAUUGUUUCUUCUAUUUCUUCUCCCAAAAUCUUUACCCAUAUAUAAAAACAAAUUAUAGUUAUUGAUGAAACGUCAUAUUAAAAAUAUUUAUCAGAUAAAAAAAAAUUCUUUCCAUUUUAGCUAUUUAUAAUCUUUUUUUCCCUGCAAGAAAUGGAAGUGUAAAUGAUAUUUUCAAAAAUUAUGCAUUUGAUAAUUUAACAGAAAAAUUAAGACUCUUUUCAAAAUAAGGAAAACAAAUAUAAAUAUAUAUAUUUCAAAUGUCAAACUUAAUAAGUUAUUUUAACAUUUAAAAAAACAAAAACAAACAACCAUCAAUGAAAACUAUUCUCCUGAGAAAUUACACUUAAGCAUCAGAAUUUCUUAUUAAUUUCAAUGUUACUACACACAUGUAAGACCUGUUCUCUGUGUGCUCUCGUUGUCCUAGGUCGGUACCCAAAUAAGAGAUACCGUUUGUUUUUAAAGAUCGCAAAGUCAGCACUGAACAACGAUACGAAACUUCAGCUGUGGUCUCUAGGCACGCAGAAUUUUCAACAAGAUUUGACCAAGUUGUAAGUUUAUCUCCAUUUGUUUUCUGAAUAAGUUGGCAUUUACAGGCAUUCCCCCGAUUUAUCGGGAUUUCCCGUUUUAACUUGUUCCAAUAUAUUAUUUUAUAUAUAACCUUUUUAUCUUUGCAUCCGUCGAAUGAUCAGAUCAGCAUAUUAUCAGUGUGAUACAGAAAUACAUAUGUAAUGUCCCAGAUUUACUAUUAGGAACAAAAAUAAACAAAAAUUUAAAAAAAAAUAACAAUUAUAAAUUACACACACAAAAUGUUUCUAAUUAUAAAUUACACACACUAUAAUGUUUCUAAUUAUAAAUUACGCACGCUAUGAUGUUUCUAAUUAUAAAUUACACACAUUAUGAUGUUUCUAAUUAUAAACUACACACACUAUGAUGUUGCUUCUUUUAAAAUGCUUUAUUUUGUUUUACAUUACCUUUUGAUACAUUUGCCGAUAAAAUUACCGAUCGUUUUAAAGAUGUAUUCCAAAUGAAACUUUUGUAGGCCCACACACAUACAUCUGUUCGUCUAGUUUCAAACUAUAAGAUACAUGUGUUUUUAAAACCGUUGCUCAACAGAGAUGGGGUUAACGGUGUGAUGGUCAAGACCCAAGUCCUUGCAGCUUGGGGUAAGAUGAAAGAAGUGGAGAUAAAAUCAUUGCAGAGCAAGGACAAGAAAUCCAGGAGCUACUUUAAAAGCAAGAAAGGUAAAAUAUGGGUUCCACGCUGCUUUACCUUACCGUGGUAUGAAGUGUAAUAGUAAUUUAAAAAAAAAACAGUUACUUAGUCAUCAAAUAUGUGCACAUAUAAAUACACGCAAACAGCCAUAUGAUUUAGAGGUCAGGAAUUAUGUGGUCUGACCCGGGCAUCAGAUUAUUUUAAAAAUAUUUAAGGCGCAUUUCUCAGGCAACUGCUUGUGUGUUGUGUUGUGUUGUUUUGUUUUGUUCGUUUGUUUGGUUGUUGUUUUAUUUAUUUUUUUGGUGGUAGAGGAGCGAUGGAUGGAUUUCGUGGGGUGAAGAUCGGGGGGAGGGUGUGGUGUUCAUGGUAGUAAGGAGGGGCCGGUAAAAACCUGUAGCGACACACGACCUAGUUACGCCUCGAAAUUAAAUUAACACAAUAAUUCUCAAUUUGGUCUAUUCUUUUAGACGCGUAGGAACGCUGCUAUACUCAGUCAUACAAUGAUGAUGUUUAAGCAUUUUGUAGCAAAAUAUCCACAUUUUACAGUACGGGAAAACAUUUCAACAUGAUGUUGUGAUACUAAAAACUACAAUAACAUAGUUAUAUUGUGUCGAAAUAUGCAACAACAUAAAGCUUAUUAUUUAAAAUAUAAAUCCAAUUAUUAUUUGUUAUUUACUUUUUUUAUGAUAACAAUAUUUUCAAUAAGCUCAACAAUGCAUGUAGAUUGAUGCAUAUAUUUUUUAGGUGUUUCAUCAAUUCUAUUUGUUUUUAAAAUAUCUUUUUAGGUGAAAAUCAGAUGCAAACAAGGGAGGGCAAAAAAACCAACGAACAGUUAUCUUACGAGUUACGCGACAUGUCGAUGGACUUGGCAAGGAGCAAUGCAGCUCUGGUCAAACUAAGACGAGCAUAUGACAGGGCUGAGACCGAAUUCCCACUGUUCAACUAUUUCCGUCUGAAAAGACGUGUUAAAGCUUUGUAUGCCGUGUACUGUGAAAACCAAGAUGCAGUAAAUUACUGAGUUGAAAUCGAGUUAAAACCUAAAUGAAAAGUACAAUUGAAAGAUAAGUUCCAGAAUAUCUUUAUAUUAACAAAAAUACAUCUUUUUCUAUAGAUCUAGAAUUCAAGGUCUAUUUAACAUUAAAAGGACCUUAGGCCAUAACGUUUCAAAAUGAACACUUUUUGGUAUAUGUUUCAAGUGGGAUUAUGUGUGAUUUCACUUGAUAUGGCUUAGAGGUAUUUUAUUUUUUUUAAAUGAAAUACAAAUAUUAUUUUUUUAUCCGAUUGUUUUGUAUGUGUAUGUAUUUAAUUUUUUUUUAAAAUGUUCAAUACAUCUUAAAAAUCAAAACAUAAACGAAUCGGGGGCUCAAUCUAACAAACAGUAUUAUUACUUACAUUUAAUUUCUACUAUUUUGUGGUACUGUUUUUUUUCUAUUUACAUAAUUUGUAUGAUCUAAAACACACACAGUACAUCCUAACAUCUAUUUUAUGUAUAUAUGGAUUUGAUUUUAUGAUUAGACAUUAUGAGUGUUCAUCUUUUCAUUUACAUUUUAUGUAACAAAAUGAAUAAAUUGAAUCGUAUGACAGAAUGAUACACUUCAGAAUUUAAAUCAACAAUAUCAUUUUGUUUACUAUACAUUUCAGUGGCAUUUGUUUUGAGUGCUUACAUGAUUGUAAAAAGCAAUAACACGGCACAUGCUUAUUCAUUUUAAUCGUUUAAGACUUUUUUUUAUCUUGUAUAAUAUUACUAACUUGCCUCUAAAAAUAUUACUUUACUUCAAACGCUUUUAUGUAACUUGAUAUUUAUUCACAAUGUGCCAUCUUGUUUAUUCAAAAUCGUUUUGAAAACUUUUUCGGCCAGUGUCGAUUCAAACAUUUAAUUAUUUAGGUUAUUUCAGCCCUAAUUUUAAAAUCGAUAUUUGUGUUGAACUACUUAGUUUUUGCAAUUGUUUAUUUUUUGUGGUAAUAUUCGGCAAUAUAUUUAUUUCUCAUAAUUUUUGGAGAUUUCAUCCCAAUAUUAUUUUAAGGUUAAUGCAAAUAUAAAAUGGAUCUACACAUUUUAACAACUUGUUCAGCUUAUCUGUAAUGUGAUCUAUUACGACUAAAUAAAAACAGGAACACUCCUAAAUGGCGUGCCAUCAGUAUCUAGUACAAGGAGAGGCCUUUCAUUAUGUCUCUUUUGCAAAAAUCAUUGUUGAUGGCUGUGAUUUC